AUGUCUUCCAACCCAUUUGCGGUUCCACGGGCAGACCCAGAGGUGAAGCCUGAGCACAAGUUGAACAAGUGGGAUGUGAUGGCAACAUGGUACCAGGGUAGCGGCGAUCAGUCGCGAGCUAUACGAAACCUCAAGACAUUCGUGGACGAUAAUCGCUUGCCUUAUCGCAGAAAGAACGGUGUGGCCAAAUAUAUGGCGAUAUUCCAGUAUACUGGGCCCGAGACCGAUACCGAACCUCCGGCCCUUCAACAUAUUAGAAAAUUUUUAAUGGAACGCGGAUUUGUGAGAGCGAAUUUGCCGAACGCAGACGUCUUCGAGUAUCAUCGUCCGGGGAAUCCUACCAGUUGA